CGGGAUCACAUCAGACAAGGCGAGAGAUCCGACCAAUGCAUGCCAAACGCUGAAAUCCCACAUGCCUCUGCAAUUUCCAUGUCAUCGCUGAGUCCUAUAUGCCUAUAACUUCACAUAUUUACAUUUUCCCACCAUCGCAGGGUCAGCCUUUGCGCAGAUUCAGCCCGGAUUCCGUCCUCCGCGGGCCGAACCUCCAGAUUGCGCCGAGUCCACCUUGGCGAUAGUGCGUGUUGCAACGCUUCCUCCCGCCCAAAAAACGAUGCCUGCUUCCGAGUUGGGACAAACGCAGUCGGACGGGGCCCGGCUUCCGUCAUUUUACUCGCCCAGGCCGGAAGCGCACAGCAGCACGUCGCACAGCGACGGCGAACUGGAGCAUGCCGACUUCUCACUCUCGACGGGCAACCACUCCGCCCCUGAGACGGUGGCCGAGGAUGCAGACGGUUCGGACGCAACACAACCUACGCCCGCGCAAGCGUCCACGCCAUUGACGCAACCACCGCCCCCCUCCCUGCUCUCCCCCGCCUUCACACCACCCGCCACGCCUGGGACGAGCACGCCGAGCGGCGCUGGACCCGCCGUCCCCUCUUCCGAACCGCGGGGCAUCCCCGUGGACAGCUCGAUCCCGACAGGCGGGUGUGGCACCAAGCAUCCGCGGCUGCUCGAAACAUUACCAGAGGUUGAGUGCAUAGUGCGCGCGCGCAUCCCGACAACUACCGGGGCCGAGAUGUUCCUGCACCUCUACAAGAACAAUGUGGACAACAAGGAGCAUCUGGCCAUUGUGUUUGGCGGCAACAUCCGGAGCAAGUCCCUCGACGCCGUGAGGGAGGGAGAGACCGAGAUGGACCGCCUCGUGAGAGGCGCCUACACCGGCCGUCUCUAUCCCGGGAGGACCACCAGCGGGCUGCCGGAAACGGCGUCCGACGGCCAAUCCGGUGCGGCGCCCCCGGACUAUGGGCCGCCGCUGGUGAGGAUACACAGCGAGUGCUACACGGGAGAGACGGUCUGGUCGGCGCGUUGCGACUGCGGCGAGCAGCUCGACGAGGCGGCGAGGUUGAUGUCUCUCCCCGGCAACAAGGCGGGCGGGAUCAUCAUCUACCUGAGGCAGGAAGGUCGCGGUAUCGGCCUGGGCGAGAAGCUCAAGGCGUAUAAUCUCCAGGACCUGGGAUCCGACACGGUCGAGGCGAACCUGCUCCUGCGCCAUCCGGCCGACGCUCGGAGCUACGGUCUGGCCACCGCCAUGCUGCUCGAUCUUGGCCAGAAAGAGAUCCGGCUCUUGACCAACAACCCAGACAAGAUUCGCGCCGUCGAAGGCCCUCACCGCGAAAUCGUCGUCAAGGAAAGAGUCGCAAUGGUGCCGCUGUCUUGGAAGGGGAAAGGGGGCUUCAGAACGCCCGAGGUGGAAGGCUACUUGAAGACCAAGAUCGAGAAGAUGGGUCACAUGCUGGACUUGGCAAGCCUUCCACGUUGAGCCCGCUCGUACAUUGACCUCGUUUGUAUAUUAUCUGUACAUCCCGUCAUCUGUACCUCGUUCUUAGAUACCUUUUACCAUAGACUCGGCGCGUUCUUGGGGCAUAUUUCUCCCAGGAGCGAACAGCCGAACAGCUUCAACUUUUCGUCCUACUAACGAUGAUUAGUCUGCUUGUAGAGGGGGAGGGGAAGGGGGGGAAAUGCCACAAGUGGCCAAAUUCGAGCACUUCCAGCAUAUCAGAACGAUUUUCAUAACUGAUUGUCC